AUGUCUCGAGCUGGUCGUGGUAACACCGAGGCGUAUGCACAAGAGUUGAACAGAAAACGGGCAGCUCUUCGGAAUGACGAAGAAGAAGAUCAGCCUGUAGGAAACGGGAAUAAAGCCGCGUUCGGAGUCGGCGGCAGUUAUGAUACUGUACGUAGAAAAUUAAGAUGUGUAGCACAUUUUUACAUUUUCAGGACGUCUAUGGCGGGAGUACGCGUGGUAAUCGAAACGAUAAUUACCUAGAAUCGAUCGGAACCGGCGAAGAAGAUGACGUCGACGAAGAUUCAGUGCCCACGGGUCCAAAAAAGACGAGUGAUUUCAAUGCGCCUCACAAGUUUAUUCAGGAAGUCGCCAACAUGGCUGAGGUAAUAAAUAUCAUGAGUUUUAAGAUUUGCUAAGAAUAUCAUUCAGAAUGAAGAUCCUUUUGCUGAAACUCGCACAAAAACGAUCGCUGAAAGGCAGUCGAAAUACCAUGAGCGUGCUCGGCAAAGGCAGAUUUCGCCAGAAAGAAUCGACGCUUUCGGUAUAAUCAGACUUGUUUUUUGAAAAUUAUCAUGUUUCUUUUAGUUGAUCAAACUCCGGACAUGAGAAACCGCGGUUACGCGGAAAUCAUGAAGGAGCAGCGCUACCAAGAAGAACGCGGAAAAGUUGGUUUCUGACAUAUUUUCGAUCAGUAACUUGAGACUUUAGGUGGAGCGCGAGUUGGCAGAUCGGGCCAAGUCGGGUGACCUCCAGGUGUCUCAGCCAGAUAAGAAGAAAGGGCGCUGGGACGAUUCGGCCAAAAAAGAAGAGGUAAAGAGAAUACAGCUCAUUUUUCAUUAUCAUUUAUAUCAGACGCAUUUUUUUCUAGUCCAUCUGUUUCCCAUUUAUUCAGUACAUCCCGAGGACUAUUUCAUAAAAUAAAGAAUAAUUUUAAGAGUUAGAACUAAUAUUGCUAGCUACUUUUUGAAAAUUUCUGAAUAGGGUUUCGACGAAUAUUAUGGUGUUGUCUGAGAAUUUUCUGGUUGAUUGAGUUGAAAAUUAUUCGCAGUUCGAAUCACAAAAGUGUAAGUCGAUAUAGAUGAUGACUUAAGAGUACUAUAUUCAGUAGCAUAUUUAUGAUUGAGUUAAAUGAGACAUGAGCGAUUGUAGCACUGGCACAGUGAUAUCAAGAUUUCGACUUUCAAUGAAAAUUGACCGAGUUCAAAAAUUUUUAGUAGUUGAAGUUAAUUUCUAAAUUUAUUCAGAAAGAGUUUUCAAUCUAACUAUUAUUUUAAUUGUCUAGCUUCCGAGGCUGAAUUAACCCGGAAGCUAUAAUUUCCCGAUUCCAGGCUCUUGGAGCUGGUUCGGCAACUCCUUCGCAGACGACAGCCGGUUCGGCGCCUCGAAAACGUCUGGGCGUGACGAGCAUCAGCGCCGACGCAGCAACUCCGCACGUCAAUCGCUGGGACGAAACUCCAGUUCACGGUAGCGGAGUCGCCGACGCGACACCUUCGGCAGAUCGGUUCGAUUCAACUUGAUAAUAUCUUCUGAAAGAUGAAUUUCAGAUGGGCUUCAACUCCGGCCGCGAUGACUCCGAGAAGGAACAGAUGGGACGAAACGCCCAAGGACAGUGUCAGAGACGGCGGAAUGACUCCAGGUUGGGGCAUGGAAACUCCGGCCCACGGAGCUCAUGACGAUGUUAAGGUUUGUUGAGAUUUCCAGUUGAAUCGGAGAGAAAUUAGUAAAGUUAAUAAAUUCCAACAGUUUGAUUUAUCAUGUUUCUAGGUGGAAGACACUCCUUCGGCUUCGAAAAGACGUUCUCGAUGGGACCUGACUCCGUCUCAGACCCCAGCUCCUGGAUCUGCGACUCCAUUGCAAGCCGGAGGACAGACUCCUUCUUUCACUCCUUCCGGAGCGGUGAUCCAUCUAGGAAUCUUCAAAAAUAAUCUUUUGUUUUGAGAUGGGCGCCAUGACUCCUGGCGGAGCGACCCCGAUCGGCACAGCCGCCAUGUCGAUGAAGACACCGGCCGUGCCGAUCAUUCCGAUGACCCCCGAACAAAUGCAAAUCUACCGGUGGGAGAAGGAGAUCGAUGACCGUAAUCGGCCUCUUUCCGAUGAGGAGCUCGACUCGCUCUUCCCACCUGGUUACAAGGUGUGUUCUGUUUCAAAAGCUUGAAAAAAUAAAUAAAUAAUGCUGGGAAAAUCCGAAAUUUUCGAAGGCGAUGUCGCGCCCGUAAGGUAAAUUCGACAAGUAGAAAGGGAAAAUAUGAAGUGCACAAUUUUCUAAAUAUCACUGAGAACUAAGGAAAAAACUGUAACCUAGCAAAUAUUAAAAAUAUCUUUUUUCCACAAAAAGUUUUUUUAAAUUCGUUUCUUCGUCUAACCUUCAAACCUAUCAUUGAACUCAUUUCUUAAUUGUUGAAAAAAAUAAGGAAACUUGAUUUUUGAAAAUAUUGACAGUACUAAAAAAAAUAUGGUAUUUUUACCUGUGUAAAAUAUUAAGUAAAUUUAUCCAAACUUCUCAAAGAUCUUUUUUUCUGUAGAUUAACAAAUUAUAUCAGUUAUAAAGUGAUUUAUUCAGGUUCUUGUCCCCCCAAUCGGAUACAUCCCUGCCCGAACCCCUUCCCGAAAACUUCUUGCCACUCCGACUCCGAUGGGAGGAAUGGGAAUGGGCGGAUUCCACAUGCCUGGAACUCCAGAACGUGAUGGAAUCGGAGAGAAAGGUCCUUAAAAAUCUUUAAAUAUGAUGAAAGUUCAACCCAAAUAGUUUCCAGGUGUUGGAGGUAUUAUUGACACGCAGCCGAAAAACGCGGAACUUCCUCCCUUGAAACCGGACGAUAUGCAGUACUUCGACAAGCUCCUCAUGGACGUCGACGAAAGUUGGAUUUCGAGCCUUUUCGAAGAUAAAAAUGAUCUUCAGGCACCUUGACGAAGGAAGAGAAGAAUGAGCGAGAAAUAAUGGAGCAUUUGCUGAAAAUCAAGAACGGAACUCCGCCAAUGAGGAAAAAUGGCUUGCGAAAGGUUGCGAUUUUUUCAGGAUUGAAAUAGAUCGAAAAUAAUCGUCUUUCAUAAGAUUUGAUUGAAUGAAUUACCUGUUGAAUUUUUUUGACUGAAUUUUUUUCCGAAUUUCGAAAUGAUCAAAAAUUUUGUUUGUAUUUGACAUGAAUAAUAAGUAUGAAAGUCUCAAAAUCAAGCAAAAAGUAAGCGAAAAAGUCCUAUUAUUAAGACAGGAAAUUUAUGAGAUCUUAUCUACAAAAUACAUCGAGAAUUUUUCAAUUCUAAAAAGAAAAAUAACGUUGUUACUCAUAUAAUACUUUUGUUUUAGUUGAAGCCUUACAGAUCACGGAAAACGCGAGAAAAUACGGCGCCGGUCCGCUUUUCAACCAGAUUCUUCCACUUCUGAUGUCUCCCUCUCUGGAAGACCAAGAACGGCAUUUGAUGGUGAAGGUAAGAAACUUUCCCGAUUUUUGACAUGAGAAUUGUCGACUGGUGAGCCAGCGCCUCACUCUCGUUUUUGGCGCCUAGCAAGAUGCCGUGCGUUUUUAGAGAGCUCUUGCUGGCGUCCCCGCCCCUCUCGUUCUAUUUUUGCCUUGACUAGCAGGUAUGGUCCCAAAUCCGUGAAAAUAAACGAUUUCCUUGAGUGAACUUCUUUUUAACUUCUUCACCGCGUGGCUCUGGUUCGCCGUGACUCGACAAUCGACCCGCGUCUUCUGUUUCUUUUUUUUUGCUUUCAAAUAUUAUAAAUAGUUCUUAUGGUGGUAGAAUUUAAUAAAAAGUGAAAAAGGUAAACUUUUGCACAUAAGAAUCACUUACCUACCACCUCAAUUUUUGCCUUUUUUCACAUUUUUGUUCAAAUGACCAUGUCAACUUGUUUUUUUACAGGUUAUCGACCGGAUUCUGUACAAAUUAGACGAUUUGGUCCGUCCUUACGUUCACAAAAUCCUUGUCGUCAUCGAGCCACUGCUCAUCGACGAGGAUUAUUAUGCUCGUGUUGAAGGUUUCAACCCGAUAAUUUCUUUUCAAAGUGCUUAUUUCAUUUUUAAGGUCGUGAAAUCAUCUCGAAUUUGGCCAAGGCUGCCGGUUUGGCCACCAUGAUUUCCACCAUGAGACCCGAUAUUGACAAUGUCGACGAGUGGGUUUCAAGAAACUAGAAAAAAAAAAUCAUACUUUUCAGGUACGUCCGAAACACCACUGCCCGUGCUUUUGCCGUCGUCGCCUCGGCCUUGGGUAUUCCGGCUCUUUUACCCUUUUUGAAGGCCGUCUGUAAGAGUAAGAAAAGUUGGCAGGCUCGUCACACUGGUUCGUCUCAAAAAAUAUACCCAUUCUCUAAAUUUUGAACUGUUAAAGGUAUCAAAAUCGUCCAGCAAAUGGCUAUUCUGAUGGGUUGCGCCGUUUUGCCCCAUCUGAAAUCUCUUGUCGAAAUCGUCGAAGGCGGUUUGGACGACGAGCAGCAGAAGGUUUGGUUGUGGGAAAAUUGGAGAAUUGAUCUUAGUGCACGCCUUUUUAAGGCGCGCGGUCGUAUUCGGGUAGUCUAGAUAGGCUUUUCGGUAAUAAAAUGAAAACUUGUUCAUUUUUGUGACGUCCAAAGGCGCAAGAUUUGUAUAGUUGUGUAAUGUAUUCUCUUAAAUCCUGGACCUAGAUUCAAAUGAACUUCUUAAGGUUCUUACGUAUCUGUAAAUAAGUUCUUAUUAUUUAUUGUUAUCAUUGAAAUUGAAGGUACGAACAAUCACCGCGUUGUGCUUGGCCGCACUUGCCGAGGCCUCGACUCCUUACGGUAUCGAAGCUUUCGAUUCAGUUCUCAAGCCUCUGUGGAAGGUUUUUGCCAUUUUCACUAGAUAAAAUUAUAACUUAUGAGCUUCCAGGGUAUCCGAAUGCAUCGUGGAAAAGGCCUGGCCGCCUUCCUCAAGGCCAUCGGCUAUCUGAUCCCUCUGAUGGACGCCGCCUACGCUUCUUCCUACACCCGAGAAGUCAUGUUGAUCCUCAUCCGAGAGUUUGUUUCUCCCGACGAGGAAAUGAAGAAAAUCGUCUUGAAGGUUCGAUUGAUUUUCUGAUUAUGUGGAUUUUUUAUGUUGAAUUAACAACGAAGGUCAUUUCACUCUGCGUUUGGGAGUUUCUCGAAAUUCGGUCAGGGCACCCCUAGGUGUACCUAAUGAAGAUCCCGGAUUUUUUUAAAAUGUGAAUUAAGGCUCAGAUCCCUAAAAAAAAAAAGUCUCUUUAAACGGAUCUUGAAAGUUUUCUUCGACUUCGAGACGUCCUUAUUCAAAAAAUAGGAAAAUCUGCAGUUUGAGACUUCUAGAAUCUUCACCCGGUAUAUUGAGAGUAGUUCUGAUCAAUUUUCAAUAAAUUCUUUACCGCAAAGUGAAAUGACCUUCUUUGUUAAUGCGGCUUCUAUUGUAAGAAAAAAGUUGGUGAAGUCUUUCUAUAUUUCAUGAAACAUAAAUGUGAGAAAAUUUUUUUUAUAAAACUAACAGUAUUUUUGUGUCUUCACGGAAAAUUUUUAAUUAUGGAUAAGAUAAGUUGAAAAUGAAAAAUUUUUCAAAUUACGAAAACAUUUGAGAGGGAAAUUCUAGGGCGAGGGUAAACAGGAUGCAAAAAAAAAAUUUUUUUUCCGGUACAACUUUUUCUUUUUCUUUUUUGAAAUUUCUACAUUCUUUCUUGCUUUGUGCUUUUUCGACAAUUCUUUUCAUUCAUUUUUGAAGUUUUGAACAUAUUUAAACCAUUUUGUUAACCUUGAUUAUUUUUCCAGGUCGUCAAACAGUGCUGUGGAACGGAUGGUGUGGAAGCUCCUUACAUUCGCGACGAGAUCUUGCCUAGUUUCUUCAAGGCUUUCUGGAACCAGAGAAUGGCCAUGGACCGACGUAACUAUAGGUAUAGUUAGUUUUUCUUCGAUUUCCAAAAUAUAAUCAUUUUCCAGGCAACUCGUCGAUACGACCGUUGAAAUUGCCCAAAAAGUUGGCAGCGUCGAAAUGAUUGCACGAAUCGUGGAUGACUUGAAGGAUGAGAAUGAACAAUACAGGUAUUUAGUUUAUUUUAUAAAGAGUUUUUGAGUUCGCUUAUACACUCACAGCUGGAACUUUCAUCAUAACCAUGAUAUUUUACAGAAAAAUGGUCAUGGAGACGAUUGAAAACAUCGUGGCGCUUCAGGGAGCUACGGAAAUUGACGCCCGUCUCGAGGAACAGCUUAUCGACGGUUUUCCCCUCAUUUUUAGACUAAAUUGAUGAAAAUCCAAUUCUUUAGGUCUUCUCUACGCUUUCCAAGAACAGACUCAAGAAGAUUCUGUCAUGCUCGACGGUUUCGGAACGAUUUGCACUGGAUUGGGAAGGUUUUUCUUCAUUUUUCGUUCGAGAAUGAAUGUUUCAAUUCAGACGAGCCAAGGCUUAUCUCCCACAGAUUUGCGGUACCAUUCUUUGGCGACUGAACAAUAAAUCGGCCAAAGUUCGUCAGCAGGCUGCUGAUUUGGUAUUUAUUUUUCUUUUUGGUUUAUUUUAAAGUAGAUGCGUGAAAAGCCGCUUUCUGAAUUGAAUAAAAGGCUGAAUUUUUCAAGAAGGCUAUUAAUCCAACCAUUAUCCACUUCCAGAUUUCUCGAAUCGCUCCCGUCAUGCACAUGUGCGAAGAGGAGAAACUGAUGGGCCAUUUGGGUCUUGUUCUUUACGAAUAUCUCGGAGAAGAGUACCCUGAGGUUUAAAUAAAGGAAAUAUCUAUUUUUACAUCAAUCUCCAGGUUCUUGGCUCAAUUUUGGGCGCCUUGAAAGCCAUUUGCAACGUCAUUGGCAUGACUAAAAUGACGCCUCCAAUCAAGGAUCUCUUGCCGAGGUUUCAGCAGAAAAAAACUUCAAUUUUUCAUUAAAUUGUUUCAGAUUGACCCCGAUUUUGAAAAAUCGUCACGAGAAGGUACAAGAAAACUGUAUUGAUUUGGUCGGAGCGAUCGCCGACCGCGGAUCGGAAUUCGUUUCGGCCAGGGAAUGGAUGAGAAUCUGCUUCGAGCUUCUGGAGCUGCUCAAGGCUCACAAGAAGAGCAUCCGAAGAGCCGCCAUCAACACCUUCGGUUACAUUGCCAAGGUUAGUUGAUUGGAAAAUCGUGAAGUUGGAAAAUUUUGGCAUGGUUUACGUCUUAAAGCUGAUAUAUUUCCAGAAAUUUGAAUUUUUUUUACUGCUCUCUCUGUAAAACAACUAAAUCUAGUGUUAUCUUGGAAGUUCUAAUACGAAUUUUUAUCAGUUAGAAUAGUUUUUUGAUCUUAGUCAAUGCUAAAAUGUUUUCUCUCUGUCAUUUUAACUUUUUUGGAAGUUUUCGAUCUCAAAAAGGGAAAAUUCCCAAUCUGGAGGUGUUACAGAUUUCAAUCACCACUUAAGGCUGAAGAAUUUAAAAUUUCAAUCUGUAUGUAACCACUUUUUCAGGCCAUCGGUCCGCACGACGUCCUCGCGACUUUGCUGAACAAUCUGAAGGUCCAGGAACGUCAACUGCGUGUCUGCACGACGGUCGCCAUCGCCAUCGUCGCCGAAACUUGCGCUCCUUUCACAGUUCUUCCCGCCAUCAUGAACGAGUAUCGUGUCCCGGAAAUCAAUGUCCAGAAUGGUGUUCUCAAGGCUCUUUCCUUCAUGUUCGAGGUCUUGAAAAUGUCGAAAUUAUUUUUCAUCAAGUUGCGAUUUUCAGUACAUUGGUGAGAUGGCCAAAGAUUACAUUUACGCGGUGACUCCCCUCCUGAUCGACGCCUUGAUGGAGAGAGAUCAGGUCCACAGGCAAAUCGCCAUCGACGCUGUUGCUCAUCUUUCGCUGGGUUGGUCUGAUUUUCCUUUUUAGGAGGAAAAAAUAGAAAUUAGUUUGAAAAAAUUUCUAUCUGCUUACAAAAGACCUCAAAGUCAACCUUUUUUUAUUUCCUUUUCUUACAAAAGGUAAAUCCUGCUGUUAAACAAAAAAACCUAAAACCUGCUGUUAAAAAGUUUAGUGUUCCAAAGUUUUGAUUUUAUGAAUUAUCGGGAGAACUUUUGGUCUGGUAUAAUCACAUUUUAAUAUUCGAUUUAAUUUGUGCCUUUAAAUCUAGAAGAAAUCUUCCAUUCCACGAUUAGGCUGAAGAAGUUGUUGAACUAAAUUUUUUUGACACUUAAAUUUUUUUGAUUUUUUUCCCCCAGUGAGGAGGUGAUCGAAUGUUGAAAAAAAUGUUUCAAUUCACUAAAAAUAAUGCGUUUUUUUCGUUUUUUUAACAGAAAUCAAGUGUGCUUUUUUGAUCAUAACAUCUUGUAAAAUACAUGUAGAAGUCUCUUAAAAAAUUUUUUAUAACAAGUUUGAUGUUUGAAUACGUCAUCAGAAAGUCUUUUAGUGUCAUUUAUUCUACAUUUCUGAGAAAUCUUUUCAACCUUUUUUUUUUGCAGGUGUUUACGGAUUUGGUUGUGAAGACGCUCUGAUGCACUUGUUGAACUACGUUUGGCCGAAUAUGCUCGAAAAUUCGCCUCAUUUGAUCCAAAGAUGGGUUUUCGCCUGCGAAGGAAUGAGAGUAUCUCUUGGACCUCUCAAGGUUGAUUUUUCUGUUCAAAAGUUGAAUUUAUGCCCUUUUUCCAGGUGAUGCAGUACUGUUUGCAAGCUUUGUGGCAUCCUGCUCGGAAAGUCCGAGAACCUGUCUGGAAGGUUUCUAUUUCCUUUCUUUCUGUCACUAAGCUCGAAUUUGAAGGUCUUCAACAACUUGAUACUCGGCUCUGCAGACGCCUUGGUCGCCGGAUAUCCACGAAUCGAAAAUACCGACAAAAACGAAUAUAUCCGUUACGAACUUGACUAUACUCUGUAA